AUGACACUAUCAAUUGAUCCCCGCAUCUCCAGAAUCAACCCCAUGUAUCGCAUCUACCUCCUCUAUAUCGAACCCUUCAUAGCCCUCAGCGGUGCCUACCUAGCCUAUUUCCAACCUAACGAAUUUUUAGUCCGCACGGCCCCAUGGAAGGUUUCCCAGCAGUUUAUACACAUCAAAUUUCCAAAGCCAGUGAUAAAACUCCUCUCCACCGAUAUUGCAGCUCUUUAUAUUUUCUUCGCCAUCAACGAAGCUGUGGUUCUGAGACUCACGCGCGAUUAUUCCGUGUGGCAGGCUGUGGUAUUUGCGAUGUUGAUGUCUGACAUGGGACAUAUUCUGGCGAUUUAUCAGGCGGAUCCGGUGGGAAGUUUGAAUGUGGCAAAAUGGCAGAGGGAGGAAUAUGUCAAUAAUGGGAUUAUAGCAUUUGGAGUUAUUUUGAGAUUGGGAUUCUUGUCAGGAUUUGGAAAUGGGAAGGAUAGAAGAAAUCGGUGGUAG